AUGGAUGAUUCUCAAGUAUUGGGAAGCGGAGUUGGCGGUAGCGGAGGAGACGAGUCAAUCAGUAAUCUUCAAGAGCAAGUGAGAGAGUUUCUUCAGGCGACUAGCACAAACAACCCCGACUCUGAUCUACUCAAAGACAUUUAUAAUGGACAGCCGUUGAAUCAACACGGCGGACAAGACGACUCGAGUAUUGGCGACCAGCCAUCUGUCGAUGACGACUCUAAUGAUUUGGUCAGUCACGUGGCAUCACGAUUCCAAGAUCAGGAUGGCAGUGGUAGCGGAGGAGGAGGAGGCGACCUCUCUCAACGAUCGGCCAAACGUAAUCGUCGAAAAGCCAAUGGUGAUGAAGCUCCUGCAAAUAUUGGUAAAUAUCAAAUAAUUCAUAAUAUUGGAACUGGAUAUUUGGGUAAUACAUAUUCAGCAACAUUAUUAGAUUCAAGUGAAUAUGUAACAUUGAAAAGAAUCGAUGUGAAUCGUAUCAAUUUGAAUCAACAAACGAUCAUCAAAAGAGAAUAUGAAAUCCUAAAGACACUAUCACACCAAAACAUUGUAAACUAUAUUUUGGAUUGUUUGUUUUACAUUCACUCGCAAGAUAUGAUUCAUCGUAAUCUCAAAGCAAGUAAUAUCCUCCUAGCCAAGGGUGGUAGAUGUAAACUAUCCGAUUUUGGUCUAGGUUGUACUAUGGGUUCUACUUUUAAACAUUCAAUCGUUGGUGAACCAUUUUGGUAUUCACCAGAAAUAUUAUUAAUGAAGGAAUAUAAUUUUAAAGUUGAUGUUUGGGGAGUUGGAUGUUUAAUUUUAGAAUUGUUGACUGGUAAACCACCAUGUUUUAAUUUAUCGCCGAUGGAGGCACUCAUUCAAAUUGUCGAUUCAACAAAGGCAAUAGAAUUGCCAGCCGACAUCUCUAAAGAUUUAAAGGCCUUUUUAGGGUUGUGUUUUGAAAAGGAUCCACUUAAAAGAGCUUCUAUUGAACAGCUGAUGCAACACUCGUGGAUGAGUAGUUCCGGUACCAUGAAUGGAAAUGAAUCAUCGUUUUCAACACUUUUAAACCAACCACAACCACCAUCCUCUUCGUCGACUCACCCUCAAAAGCCAAGAGGCUCGGAAAACUAUUCAAUCGAUUUCCUUUCACUGGUCGAGAGUAAUCAGCACGAUAUCGAUGCAUUGCACAUGGUCGAACCAUCCAGCAUUCACCAACAGGUCUUGUCACAAUCCAAGUUUAAAGAACCAACCAACAAGAGUGCAUCGGCUGCCGAGUUGUUGGAGAUUCUCAAUCACAAUCUAACUAUUGGUACACAGCUGAAAAACUCGCUUCAACAAAUCAUCCAAGAGGAGAAACAAAAUUACUUUAAUCUUGUUCAAAUGAAAUCAAAAGUAAAGGAAAUUUUGGAUCAAAACAAAACUGGUGCUCGUAUUUCUGCUCAUAGUAAUAUGUUAUUAAAAAGAACUAAUCAAAUGGCAUCAGAAUUAACAAAAAAGAAUGAAAAUUUUAAAAAUAAUAUAAAGAGAUUGGAAGAUUAUUUAUUGACCAAGGAUGAUUGUGCAAAGAAAUUGGCAAAUGUAGUUUAUAAACAAAAGAUUACAUUUGAUAACUUGCUCAAUCCGACAUUGGCAGCACCAGUUCAAUAUCAAAUUGGAACCAAGGUUUGGAAAAAAGGACAGGAAAAGAAAUCAUUGGCCAUCUUGAAAGACAAUUUUAUCUUUUACUUUAAAAAUGACAAGAAUAUUAAAACCUCUUAUCCAAUGGAUGUUGUAUAUUUAAAUGACAAAAAAUCAAUCAACGUAUCAAGUAGCCAAGAUUCUGCCAAAAAGAAAUCAUUCUUUAUUUCAAUUGGUACUAUUAUCAAUGACCUCAAUAGUGACCAAGACCUCAAUAAUAGUAGUGCAGAUCAAUCUGUUCCUAAUCAAACUACUCCUUCCUCUUCCUCAUCCUCUUCCUCAACUUCACAACAACAAUCAACAUUGACUACUAGUCAAGCAAACUCGGUUCAAUUAUCAAGUCAAGCUGGACCAACAUUGGUUGGUGGUUCAAUCAGUGGUCUAAGUAAUCAACAACAACAACAAUUGGUUGGCCAAAAUAAUAAUAAUAAUCCCUCUACAUCUGCCACCACCACCUCUGGCAGCAACACAUCGGCCUCUGGCAUCAAAGAAAAGGAAAACUCUAUACUUUGGUGUAUCAUGGCAUUUGAAAAUCAAAAGGAUAUGGAAAAUUGGUUGGGUGUACUAGAGAGUUCAGUCUCUUGGUACGAAAGAAAACCAAAUGAAAUAUCAACCAAACCAACAUUGUCUGUUGCUGAAAAGAAACAUCAAAAGACAAAGUCUGGUGACAAGUCUACCACCAAUCUCAAGAGCGGCGUUGAAGAGUCACCCGCCUCCCUUUGGAAAAAGGAGAAUAGCACAAAGUUCCCAGGUGUCUUUGGUGUCCCAUUGGAGGACUUGAUGUCUCGUGAAAAUCCAAAUGCAGAGAUACCUUCUUUCAUCACAAAGAUUAUCAACUUUUUGGAAAGAAAUAUUCAAGAAGAGGGUAUACUUCGAAUCAGUGGCUCUUCAACCGAGAUUCAAGAUUUGAAAUCAACUCUUCAAAAAGGUGAAAAUAUCGAAUACCAUCAACACCGUGACACUCAUGCUGUCGCAGGUCUCUUGAAAUUAUUCCUUAGAGAAUUACCUGAUUCCCUUUUCCCAACUUCAUUACGUUUACAUUCAUCUGAAAUUAUUGCUGAUAGAAAUAUAGGAGAAGCAGAUAAAAUAUUUAAUGUAAUAGAAUUAUUUAAACAAAUACCAAAACAUGAUUACAAUUUACUCAAACAUAUGAUUAGAUUUGCCAAAAGAGUAACAGAGCAAAGUGAUCACAACAAGAUGGUGUUGGCAAAUGUGACCACCUGUUUUGCCCAGUCACUGAAAGGUUUAAUACCAGGACUCUUUACUUUUUGUAUCCUAAAUUAUGACCAAGUCUUUAUUACUCCUGCCCUAAAAUAUGCAUCCAUCUAA